CAGGGUGACGUCGACCUCUCUUUAACUAACAUACGUUGCCUUCUCUGCUCGCCUGAGAGGUUUUGGAUUUUGCAAACAUGGCGGACAAUCUUCAGAAGAGACCAUCCAAAGGAAUUUUAAAGAAUUCCUCUAGUUUUGAUAAACAAGAGGGUCCUCAGAAAUCUUCAAACAAAGCUUCCUCUGCAGCUGGCACUUCCAGCAGAAAGCAGAAAGGCAAGCAGACGCAGUGGGAUGAAAUGAAUAUUAUUGCAACGUUACAUCCAUCAGAUAAAGACUAUGGCCACAUGAAAAUCGAAGAACCUAAAACACCCUACAAUUGGGAAGAAGGGGAAGGUGAACCACCAGAUGAAUUAGAUGCUGGUGAACUUGCAGAAAAGAUAAGGAAGAGUGCUGACAAGUCUCUGAAAGUGCUUGAGUCUGAGAGCGAGUCUGAAGAAGAUGAAUCAGAAACUCCUGAAGAGAGAGCAAAAAGGAAAAUGUUUGAGAGCAAAAGGAAAGCUCAUUAUAAUGAAUACCAUGCUAUAAAACUGGCUAGAAAACUGAUUGAAGCUGGGGAAGAUGAUGAAGAGGAGGAAGAAGUCGAAGGUGCAUCAGCAGAAAGGAAGGAGGAGGGAAGUCCUCAGCCAAGCAGCAGUCAAUAACAUGAUCAACACACAGCUAUAUCAGUAUGUGCUGCUGAUGUUGCUUACAUUGGUACUUUUAAUUUGAUGGGAACAUGAUUUAGAUGUGCUGUGUAUGAUGUGACCGAAACUCUGUUAAUUUAUGUCUCUAAAAAUUUAUGUUAUUGUUGCCUCUAUUGUGACUCAUGCCUCACUCUUGAGGUAGAACAUAAUGGUCUCAUACAUAAUUUCAACCCUGUUCUGAUUGUUUUUCUUACUUUCAUUUUGUGUUAUGGGACAUGAAAUGGAAAAUAAUUCACAUUGAUUUUAUCUUUUGAUGAAUAUUUGUUGGCAUAUCUCUUUAGUUCUCUUUUUCUUUACAAAUUUUGUAGAUUUUGUGAAGUUUAGAAGUCACCUGUAAAUCAGUUGAUAGGAUACAGUUAAUUUGUAUCUAUCUAAGUUUUGUUUAAAGCUAGACAGGUUGUCCUCAUCUAUUUAUUUCAUCAUAGGUGGAUUGUUUGUCCCUGCAAUAACCUAUAGUAAAUUUAGUGAAAUUUUGCUGUCUUCCUUUUGUAAUUACAGUUCAGUUGUACUUAGUGUUAAGAUAUAAGCCAAGCCAACUAAUUUUUUUAAAUAUUCAUUAUUAUCCUAAAUAUUAAUAGAUUUGUAGAAAGGCUGGCUUUGUGUUCUUGUUCAUAAUGAUAUGUGUCUAUGACAUUGUGUAGCUUAAUUGGUAUUGAUUACCCCAAGUCUUCAUUGACUUGGUGCUCUCUUUUGAAGACAUUUGUUUCAAGAUGUCUUCAUCAGAGAAAAUGAAUCUGCUAGAUAUGUAAAAUAACUAAUAGCAGAUUGUGAUCUGUGAUGAUCAGCACGCUUGCUGAGUACUCAAGUUAUUGCUGCUCUGGCUUACUGCUUCCCUGGGAUAAUUACAUUGAGUGUAGCGUGACCUCCAUGUGGUCAUGCUCAAUGUUGAAUCAUCGUCACCUAAAAUGAGCCGCUUUCAAGGAGCACUGUACAAUCUUUGUGAAUCUGAUGAUUUUAACUGAUGUCUCAACUCAUAAUACACUCACCUGGAUUUCUUAUGUUACUGUCCCCUUUUUGAUCCUACAUUUUUUAAGUUGGAGUAUAAGAAUCAUUCAUCAAUUCAAGUUCUUAAUCAAAGUUUCCAUUGGGUUAGAGUGGUAUAUCUUUAACUAUUGUGAUUAUUUAUUCUUCCUAGCUGUGCAGGGAGAAUUUGUGUUAUUUAUUUGGUCUUAUAAAUUUGUACCAUUAGAAUGGUGUAGUCAUAUUUUUUAUUUUAUUUUGGUAUUCUAUGAAAAUGUUCCUGGUUUAUUCUAUAUUUACCUAAUCUAAUGCAUUUUUCUGAUAUACAUGUAGUAAUUGAGAAAAAUAGCAUGUGUUAGGUAUUCUACCAAAGUCAAGAGACAGCAUUACAAUUAGAAAAUCAUGUUUAUUUUAAGAUUGGAACUGGUUAAACUUUGGUCUUGACAAAUUGACAGUUAAUGAAGUGUCAUCAGUGUUACUUUUGAAGACAUAUUUUUGGUUGUAAGGAUGUGGUAAUCAAUCAAAUCUUGCACAUGUCCAAAAAGCAUUACGUGAAGUUUGUGACUGUAAAUUUGGAAGAUGUGUUAGAAUGCAUUGACUAUGUAAUUUAAAUAUAACUUUCUUAAGUCAAGUGCCAUACUUCAGAAUUAUUGUUUACAGUAUAAUGGUUUUGUUGCGUGUUGUAUGGCAUCUCUUCUGAACUGACAAAGACAUGACUCAGUAUUUUGUUGUGAUCAUGGGGUUUGCCUUCCAAUUGAUUCUCUCCAAGUUCUUGACAUCUUAUUCAUAUAUAGUAUCGAACAUUAUCACUUUGUAUUUUAUGAAUUAGAGAGUUUUGGCUGAACAAGAGGAACUGUUUGGCUGUGCUGUGUAAACAUUUUUUUAUCCCUGGAGGAUACUUCUUAAAGACAAAAGAGAAGUUUUUGUUGCAACCUUUUCAAUGUCGAUUACCAUUUCUUUAUCAUCCAGAUUUAAUUAACUUUGCGUUGACAAGGCAAUGUGAUAAAGACAACUUUGCAGCUAAUGAUUAUUAAGCCUCAUUUUAAUGUGCUGGCCUAAUAAUAAAAUAAGGUAAAUUCUUAAGUUUAAAUGUUCUGUAGUAAUUGCAUGAUGGCUGAGUAAGAUUUAGUUUCUAAUUAUUUAAUGUUUGACUUAUAGUAGGAUAUUAUACAAGAUUUUGAAAAUACAUAAAUUAAUGGUCAAUGA